CACUUGUGCUGCAAUUCAUUUCUUGAUUUGGAGCAUGACCUAAUUAUGGCACACAGAGCAUAAUGAAGUCAAGAAAAAAGUGAAUUGUGUUCAGAGGAAAGGUUGACACCUAAAGUGGCCGUUCAAGCAGUCAAUUCAACACUGGAGAUUGGAAGGAGAAAUUACAACAUGACAGAUAUCCUGUUCCUGUGUGUUCUUCUGUUGAUUGUCAGCUCAAUACCAGCUCGGCUACAAAUGGUGACAGCAGAUGGGCUAAAGGUGGGUCAGUGGCCCCCUUCUCUCACUGUGAUGCGGGGCCAGAGUGCCAACCUGUCCUGCCGGUUCGAGGCCGCCUCCUAUGGCGUGGAAUGGUUCAAGAUGGAAGGGGGGAAGAAGGUCCCCAUCCCAGACUCAGCAGGGCAGACGUCCCUGGUGAUAACCGAGGUGUGCAUGGAGGAUGAGGGGGUUUAUUACUGCGAGGUCAACGUCCUACAUAGAGAUCCAGAGCUGGGGAACGGCACAGAGCUCAUUGUCCUGGCCCCCCCUUCUGCCCCACAACUCCUCCUCCAGGUCCCCUCGAAUACCCAGACUGACCGGUGGGCUCUUGUCUGUGUCACUGGUGGAUUCCACCCAAACCACCUCACCUUGACUUGGACCGAGCAAAGUGCAGGACAUGGCUCCCACGACCAUGUUGGCAGCAGUUGCACUCUACGUCCUAACCAGAAUCACGUCAACCAAUCGCAUGGCCAGUUGCCAGAGAUCUCAACUCCCAUUCGGAUGGAGGACUGUUUUCAAUUGACAGACAUCUCUAGAAAAGAAGUGUACCUAAUCAGCGUUCUGUACCUACCCAAAAGGCUGUUUGUGGAUGCUGGCGUCAGCUACACUUGCACUGUACAAGAUCACCCUGGCCUGGACUCAGCCCUGUCUGCUUCCUUCUCUUGGGGCGCAGCACCGAAUGAGGUGAUUAGAUGCUUGAAUAUACUUAAGAUAUGUGUCCUCUGUGGAAUAACUUUGGUGUUUUUCGUUGCAGCGCUGACACGUUUGUCCACAUAAAAUAAGACCAAUUCAUGGAAAUAAAGGCAGAAAACCAAAGAAAAUCCAGAGAAACAAAACAAAGAAUCUGACAACACCUUCUGUUGGCAAACAACUUUCUGUCAAACCAUUUCCUUAAUAAAAAAGC